AUGUUGGCCACAAAUGUAAGACUUGAAAAUCUUCAUCCACUCAUUUAUACUUCACUCACAUUUAUUCAACAAGCAAAAAUUCUACAUAAAGAGAAUUCAAAUAUUUCCGAAAAAUUACAAUCAUUCGAAAGUUUUAUUUGUGAUAAUAUUAAUAUUAAUCGAUUUCCACCUUCAUCAACAACACAAACAAACGAUUCAUUUGAUAUUUAUAGAAAAAAUACUCUUGAAAAGUAUUGUGGCAUAGUACCUACUCCAAGAAGUGAUUGGAAAAAUGCUAAAACAUAUACUGAAAAAGAUAUUGCAUUUGUUAUAUUUACAGCUGCAUCAUUCUUUCAUACAAGAGCAACAGCUACUCGUGAUACAUGGCUUUCACGUAUUACAAAUUACUAUUUUCUUAGUGCAACUCCUUAUCCAUAUUUACCCGUAACUGUUGUACCCGGUGCUGGUGAAGAUAAAUUAUCAAAUAUGAAAAAACUUUUUUAUGGUCUUCAAAUAAUUUAUCAACAACAAAUGAAACUUUCUUUGACGAAUCGUCAAAAAUGGUUCUAUAUAGCUGGUUGUGAUACAUUUAUUCUUCCUCAUCAUUUACUUAAACGUCUUGAUGGUCUCGAUUAUACCAAACCUAUCUUAUUGGGUGGCCAUUCAGGACAUCAUCCAUGUCUAGGAGAAAUAAAUCCAAAAAUUACAGUUGAAUUUCCAUCAGGUGGUGCUGGAUUUUUCUUUAGUAUGAAAUUACUUGAAAUAAUGCAACCAAAUUUAACAAAUUUUGUUGAUAAUGUUUGGCCAAGUACAUCUGAAAUAUCAGAUGUUGCACUUACUUGUCUUGCAGCUCAAUUAGGUGUUCGAAUAACAAGACAAGUAGGAUUUUGGGCAUUUCCACCUGAAGCUACACUACGUGGAGAUGGACGUCUACAGUUUCAUAAAGAAGCCGAACCAAAUAAUUAUCAUUAUGUGAGUCCAGAUGAAAUGUAUGCAUUAGAUGAAUUUUAUGUUAAUCAACAUAUGGAUCGAUUGAUCAAGGAUCGAAAUUGGAAUGAAUUAGUUAAGUUUACAAGACGAUUUGUUUCUAGUCAUUAUGAAUUAUUAAGAAAAAAGAGACGUGAAUGUACAUUACCCAAAGUUGGCAAUGAAACGAAAUUAAGUGCAAAUUAA